GACGGGACACGUCCCACAGCGAGGGGCCCAGGGCGAUCCGAUGCAGCCAGUCCCCAGCCUGGGUGGGGGGUGGCAUUGGACGGUGUCCAGGAAGUCCAUCAAAGGAGACCCAUGCAGGCGUGACCUGAUUGGUUGCGUACACAUCUUGUUUGCCUUUUUGGAGCGUGUGUUGGUGAGUGCAGUAAUCCUCUUAGAUGUUUCCACUAAAUCCUCCCACUCACACUCGUCAUCAGAACACCACAUCCACGUUGUGGAAAACUCUGCUCCUGCUCCUAGUCCUGGUUUUUCGUGGUCCGGAGGUGAUGCUUCUGGAGGGUCACUCAAUCAGUCAGUAAAAGUCUUCAUCAUGAUGAGCUGGCUGCUCAAAAUUGUUCCUCAGCCCCCCGGGACAACCCAACUCCACGAACCCAACCCCCAAACGGAGCAGAAGGUGACAAUCCAGGAUGAGUCCAGACAGGAAGUGGCGUUGUCAUCAGAGAGCAGAAGCAGGAGGGGCGUGGUGCGUUGGAUGAGUGAAGGUCUGGACAAGGUGUUUCCACCGCUCGUCGUCAACGAGAACAACCGUCAGGCCGCCACGGAGGAUGCUGCGGUAGCAGCAGGUGAGACUCCGCCUUUAGGACCACUUCACGCCACCUUUGCCGCCGCGCAUGUCCCGCUAGAGGAGGUGGAGUCCGAGCAUCGGGACGCCGCAGACGAGGAGCCCCUCCCGUCCGGGACGGCCGAGGCAGAGAAGCAGUCCAACAGUAUCAUGGGAUGGAUCGGCAGCGGCCUCGGGCGCCUGUUGCCUCGGCCGACGCAAAAGCAGGAAGCAGACGGGGACCUUCACGACACCAUUCAGAAGAAGAGGGAGGCGCAACUGUCGGAGCAGGAACAGCAGCCGGCAGCAAAAGAUGGCCUCGAGACGAAGCAUGACAAGGAGGUGAGCCGGUGUCCGGUCACAGUGAGACUGGCAUGUGCCUCCUAUUCGUGUUGUGCGGUGUUGCAGGUUGGAGAUGUGAGUUGGAUUCCGCUGCUGGAGAACAUCAAGAAGGAUGCUGGCGAGGCGGUUCUGGCUCAAGUGGAGAAAAGACUUCGGCAGCAGCGCCUGGAGGCCGCCCGCCUGGCGGAGGACGCGGCUAGGAGGGCGGCGCAGGAAGCCGUCCGACUGCUGGAGGCGGAACAUUCAGCCACGAUCGUCAUUCAACGUCUGCCCGAGGCUAACGAGCAACUUCCUAACAUCCUGGAGGAGGAAAACGAGGACGAGCCCGACAGGUGCCUGCCUGAAGGUGGCGCUCAAAGCUCAGACGGACCACAAGACGUCAGCGCCCUUUCUGAGAGGAAAGACCCGGCAAGUUCCGCCGGGCAGGUUGAAACUGGAGCUGAAGUUGCAGAUGAAGGUCUGCAACUGGACGCGGGAAAAGCUGUGAUCCUCCCUGAGAUUUUCACGCCACCAGGCUGCGCCCCCAUGCUGAGUGUCGUCGACCCCGCUCUGUCAAAACUCAGCGGGACCGCCAAUCUCUCUGCUGACGACGACGACGAAGAAGAGUCAGUAAGGGGAGGACUCAAGUCCUGGUCCAGUCAAGGUGACCUGCUGACUGCAGACGUCCGUCCGGCAUCGGCGGCCAGCGUUGGCAGCGUGGUGGUUCAGGACCGUCUCGGCCAGCUGGUCCGGCUCUUCAAAGGUCGGACUGAACGCCAAAAAGACCGUCUGGUUGACCCAGACGAGUCGGAGCAGGAAAGUCCCGCUACCUCUCCCAGCAAAGCUCUGCCACCCCCAACCCCACCCGAAGAAGACAAGUUGGAGCCCCCCACCACCGGAAAGGAAGAAGAAGAAGAUGAGCCAGCAUUACACUUUCAACUUCUAAGACAGGCUGCUAAAAUUCUCAAACUACCCAGCAUGCCCAAAUGGCUCCGAGCCAUUGUGGAAUUCCGGUUCCCCUCCAGCAUCGACCCGUUCACUGAUUUGGUUUACGUCGUGUGGCUGUUCCUAGUGGUGGCAGCCUGGAACUGGAACGUUUGGCUGAUACCCAUACGCUGGGCCUUUCCCUACCAGACCCCAGAGAACCUCCACCUGUGGCUCCUGGCCGACUACACCUGCGACCUCAUCUACAUCGUGGACAUCCUGCUCUUCCAACCCCGCUUACAAUUUGUCAGCGGGGGAGACAUCGUGGUCAGGGACCAAAGACACAAAUUCACAAUUUGUCUGCUUGUCUUUUUACAUUGUCAUCAUUCAGUCUUCCUUCCUCAUCUCACGCUAUCCCAUAACGUUCUGUUUCAGUGCGACAAAAAAGCCAUGAGAGAAAACUACAUGACCACGGAGAGGUUCAAGAUAGACGUCAUCAGUCUUUUUCCCAUGGAGAUCUUCUACUACUGGACAGGAGUCAACUCUCUGCUUAGAUUCCCUCGUCUGCUUAAGUACCACGUUUUCUUCGAGUUCAAUGACAGGAUGGAGGCAGUGAUGAAGAAGGCCUACAUCUACAGGGUGAUCCGGACUUCCACCUACCUGCUGUACUCUCUGCACAUCAACGCGUGCCUCUUCUACUGGGGCUCCGACUACGAAGGCUUAGGGUCCACCAAGUGGGUGUACGACGGGAAAGGCAAUGCGUACAUCCGCUGCUACUACUUCGCAGUGAAGACAUUGAUCACCAUUGGCGGACUUCCGGACCCGACCACCGUCUUUGAGAUCUGCUUCCAGCUCAUCAACUAUUUUGUCGGAGUCUUCGCUUUCUCGAUCAUGAUCGGACAAAUGAGGGACGUGGUGGGGGCAGCCACGGCAGGCGAGAACUACUACCGGGCCUGCAUGGACAGCACUACCAAGUACAUGAACUCUUACAACAUUCCCAACCCCGUCCAGAACCGCAUCAAGACCUGGUACGACUACACGUGGAAGAGCCAAGGCAUGCUAGACGAGCAGGAGUUGCUGGUGCAGCUUCCCGCCAAAAUGAGACUGGACAUGGCCGUGGACGUCAACUACUCCAUCGUCAGCAAGGUGGCGCUCUUCCAGGGUUGUGAUCGUCAGAUGGUGUUUGACAUGCUGACAAGACUCAAGUCUGUGGUCUACCUGCCAGGAGACUUUGUGUGCAAGAAGGGUGAGAUCGGCAGAGAAAUGUACAUCAUCAAGCAGGGCGAGGUCCAAGUGGUUGGCGGGCCAGACCUGAAGACAGUUUUUGUCACCAUCAGAGCAGGUUCAGUGUUUGGAGAGAUCAGUUUGUUGGCGGGGGGCGGAGGGAACCGCCGCACCGCCAACGUGAAGGCGCAUGGAUUCGCCAACCUGUUCAUCCUGGAUAAAAAGGACCUGGCAGAGAUCCUGGUCCACUAUCCAGAGUCCCAGAAACUUCUCCGCAAGAAGGCCAAGACCAUGCUGACCAAGGACAAGAAGCCGGACGAAAAGGGAGGCGGCAAAGACGUCGCCCAGGUCAUUCCGGUCCGGCCUGACACGCCCAAAAUGUUCAAGGCAGCGCUGAGGGUGACGACGCAGGCGGGAAUGGAAGGAACCUUCGCCAAACUCAAGAAGAGCUACGGCCAGCCUCAGGACCAGGCUCCGCCCUCAACUCGACAUCACGGCUUGGCGGCCCCGCCCACAGGCAGCUCAUUGGUUGUCACCGUGACGUCUCCGAAGGAAGGGGAGGAGCUUCUGUCGAUGGAAGUGGAUAGUGGAGCAGAGAAGAAGAUGCAGGAGGACGAAGUGGACACCAAGUAAAAGAUUUCAUUCAGACUCUUCACCUUCCCUCAAUUCCUUCCAAACGCUUCCAUAUUGUUGUCAACAUGCAUCUUCCAGGAUAAUUCUUACAACUCUUACAUCUCAUCCAACUCGUAGAUUAAAGACCUUUUCAUCAUGGCGUCAUGCUUACUUCUGGGUGGCAGAAGUCGGAGCUUUCUCCGAUGCCACUAUUAGUGAACCAAGCCAAACGCCAUUUGACCAAGGCAGAGUCAUUGAGAAAACGGGGAACUGGUUUGAAUGAUGAUUUUUAAACUUCAUACUUUGAAUGUAGCAAGUGUCAGGAGAGAACAAGAUGUUACAUUAUGUGCAAGUUUGCUGUACUACUAGAGGGGCUCCAACUAGCAGAGACAAAUUUGUUGAGGGUUUUUCACAUAAUUCUGAUCAAUUGCUUGGGAUGACGUAGAAUGCCAGCCGCAAUUCACAUUUGAACAGGAAAGACGGUUCGAAACUCAAUGCGGUGGAAAUUCAGACGUAGUUAACACAAUCGUUGAGUGGACUUUUCUGUUGCUUGGAUUAAUGGGGCAGAUGUGAUCUUUUGACUCUGAAAUAGAUUGAGCCCUAGCUAGCAGGCUAGCCAUCAUUUUUAGCUAAAUGACUCAAAAGACAAGGCAAGCAAGUAGUUUCGACAUCCAUGUGAGAAAACGCCUGCCACAAACCCCAUGAUGGUGAUUUGCUUCCCAACGUGACCCUUGAGAAGUGGUUACCAGUCGUCUCGCCUUCUCUGUACAACUGUUUGCGACAUCCACUCCAUUUAUCCUCCUUACCCACGUUCCGCUGGAUUCAUUUGGAUUUUUCUGGAAGGAAAUUGAAAAAAAGAAAACUAACAUUUUGGGGGAAGCUACUGUACAUCAGUUCAGGUCAGAAGUUCAAUCACCUUCUACCAACCGGAAGUAGUCCUCCUGCCUAUUGUUUACCAGCUUUGUGAAAAGGUCCAUUGCGUACUGUAAUGUUGCUAUUGCCGCCUCUUCGACACGUUGCAUAAUAAAUUGUUGGCUUCUUAGAGAAGCAGAGCAACAUGGA